AUUAAAACACCCGCCAGCAAAACAUCACAUCAUCUCUUUCUCUUUUGAUCAUCACUAGAAAAUGGCUCCCAUUGGUAAAAUCUACUCUUACCCCAACAACCCCAGAGUUGCUAAGGCCUUGAUUGCUGCCCGUUACAAUGGCCUCGAGGUUGAAGUCCCUGCUGACUUCACCAUGGAGACUUUCAAGUCCCCCGAGAACCUCAAGAAGUUCCCAUUGGGCAAGGUCCCCGUUUUCGAGGGUGCUGAUGGAUUCCAACUUUUCGAGUCCUCUGCUAUCGCUUACUACGUCGCCGCCUACAAGGAGAACACUGAUCUCCUUGGUGCCACCGCCGCUGAGCGUGCCCUUGUCCAGCAAUGGAUCCUCUUUGCUGACAAUGAAGUUAACAACAACUUCUCUGCCUGGUUUGGUCCUCUUAUGGGUUACCAACCCUACCUCAAGCCCAGCGUUGAUGCUGCUAUUGAGAAGGUCACCUUCGCUGAUAUCUGCGUUGCCACCUCUUUGGUCGGCCCCUACAAGAUGGUCUUCGAUAAGGAGUUCCGUGCCCAAUACAAGAACGUUAACCGUUACUUCAACACCUUGAUCAACCAGCCCCAUUUCAAGGCUGUCGUCGGUGAUAUCCCUCUUUGCGAAACUGCUUUGAAGUACACUCCUCCUAAGAAGGAGAAGAAGCCUGCUGCUGAGCAACCCAAGAAGGAGAAGAAGGCCGAGCCCAAGAAGGAGAAGAAGCCUGAGGCCGCUGAAGAAGCUGAUGAGCCCAAGCCCGAGCCCAAGCCCAAGAGCGCUCUUGACCUUUUGCCUCCCUCUCCUUUCGUCAUGGAUGCCUGGAAGCGUAUGUACUCCAACAACGAUACCGAUGUUGCCAUGAAGUGGUUCUGGGAGAACCACGAUCCCCAGGGUUUCUCUCUCUGGAAGGUCGACUACAAGUACAACGAUGAGCUUACCCAAACCUUCAUGUCUAACAACUUGAUCGGUGGUUUCUACGCUCGUCUUGAACGUGCUCACAAGUACGCUUUCGGUUCCAUGAUUGUCCGUGGUACCAACAACAACAACACCAUCUCCGGUUACUGGUUGAUCCGCGGCCAAGAGGUUCCUUUCGAAAUCUAUGAUGCUGCUGAUUACGAGUCCUACAACUUCACCAAGGUUGAGCCCGCUCAAUACGAAGAGAAGAAGAAGGAGAUCGAAGACUACAUGUCCUGGAACUUCGAGGAUCUUGCCGAUGGUAAGAUCUUCAAAUAAAUUACAUUAGCUCCACCCCCUUCAAAAUUGGAUAUAAUUCAAUGCAAUAAAUACAUUCCGAUAUUGGCAAUGGCAUAGGUAUUCGCCUUGUUGAUGAUAUUAUAUGUACCUCAAAGUCAUCGAAAGUUCUGCUGUUGCUGCAUUGUGUAAAGUUAUUGUAUUAUUGUGUUCGAAGUUUAUGCCCGUG